AUGUUAAAAUCUUCCUACCUGUUUUUGUUCUUGUUCAUUUUUGCUUUCUUUUCCCCUUUUCUCCUCUUCUUUUAUGGAAAGAUGCAGACAUUGCCUUUCUUUCUUUUCUCUGAUUACUCUCUUUCUUGGGAAGAUGCAGUGAGUCUGAUCUCCUUUUCUUAUCUUUGCUUUCUACCCUUCUCACCUUUAUUCUCUUUUCUUUGUCUCAUUGUUCCUUUCCUCUCUUCUUCUGAAUACUACACUCUUCCUGCUAUACUUUAUUUCCCCUUUCUUUCUUUUUUGUUAACUCAAUCCUUAUUUCUGCAUUUUUUUUUCUUCUAUAAUCUUAUCUUUUCUCAAUGUCUCUUCUUUCCUUUCCACCAUUUUACCUGUCUUUUCUUUUUUCAAUUUUUGCUUUCUCUUUUGUUUAUUUCCUCCUACUCUCUUCUUUUUCUCUUCUAUUCAUUAUUCUUCUUUCUCUCCUUCCUUUCUAUUUCUCUUGCUUUUAUUCUCUUUUUCUUUUUCCAUAACACGAUUCCCUUUACACUCUUCUUUACUUCUUACCUCGUCCUGCCAUUUCAAUAA